GGCAAGCAAUGGCGAUGAGAAAUUUGCUCAACCACGCAGCCUUUCUCUUUCUAUCUCUGUCCCUUGUUUCUCAAAUUGCAGCAAAGGAAUGGCCAGUUGGAGGAUCAACUAGGUUCUAUGAUUUUAAGGUACAGACCACGAAAGUUACAAAGUUGUGUAAGACCACAAAUAUCAUAACAAUAAACGGCAUGUACCCAGGGCCUGUGGUCUAUGCCCAAGAAGACGAUCGAGUCAUCGUUAAAGUUACCAAUCUAACACCACAUAAUGCCACUAUACAUUGGCAUGGAGUGAGGCAAAAACUCUCUUGUUGGUUCGAUGGGCCAUCUUACUUGACCCAAUGCCCAAUCCAAGCUGGCCAAUCUUUCACAUAUGAGUUUACUUUGGUUGGACAGAAGGGCACCCUCUUUUGGCAUGCCCAUUUCUCCUGGCUAAGGGCCACAGUAUAUGGUGCCUUGGUCAUUUAUCCCAAAAAUGAUGUCCCCUACCCAUUCCCCUCCCCCUAUGAAGAACACAUCCUCAUCAUAGGUGAAUGGUGGAACAAGGAUGUCCUACAGAUUGAAAGAGACGUGCUAGCGAGCGGAGGAAAUCCUCCGGUGGCCGAUGCUUAUGUCAUUAAUGGUCAACCAGGACCCCUCUACAACUGCUCCAAGAAUGACAUCUACAUCCUCGAGGUGGUGCCCAAAGAGACCUACCUCCUCCGAAUAAUAAAUGCAGCCUUAAACACUGGGCAUUUCUUCGCCAUUGCAGACCACAAGCUCACCGUGGCCGAGCUUGAUGGAGAGUAUACAAAAUCAUACACCGUAGACCACAUAAUGCUCGGCCCUGGCCAAAGCGCUAAUGUUCUCGUUACCACCGACCAACCCGUUGCCAAAUACGCCAUGGCCGCUAGCCCUUACAUCUCCGCACAAAACGUCUCAUUUCAAAAUAUUUCAGCCAUCGCGCAUUUCCACUAUCGUAAUGCCAACCCUAACGGUGUCGCCCUUCCGGCCCAAGUCCCCAACUUCAAUGAAAACAGCGCAGCUAACAAUUUCGUAACAGGAUUAAGGAGCCUUAAUGCCGUUAGGGUUCCAUUAGAGAUCGAUACUAAUCUCUUCUUUACGGUUGGGCUCAAUGUUGAUGAAUGCCAUUCGUCUACACCUAAUAAGAGUUGUCAAGGAAUCAACGGUGGAGUUAACAAAGCUUCGAUGAAUAACAUAUCAUUUGUUCGUCCAAGUGUCUCAUUAUUAGAGGCCUAUUAUAAGCAUAUCAAUGGGUAUUAUACAGAUGAUUUUCCAGGUGUACCCCUCAAGAAUUAUGAUUUUGUCAAUGGUGCCCCUAACAAUAUACCAAAUGACACCCAGGCCCUCAAUGGCACCAGGGUCUAUGUAUUGGAGUAUGGGACUAGGGUUCAGCUAAUACUUCAGGAUACUGUGAUAGUUGGGGUUGAGAACCAUCCCAUACAUCUGCAUGGGUAUAGCUUCUACGUGGUAGGGUCCGGCAGUGGGAACUACAAUCCUCAAAGUGCAAAUUUCAACUUGGUGGACCCACCAUAUCGGAACACAGUAGGCGUCCCAGUCGGAGGAUGGGCCGCCAUCCGUUUUGUCGCAGACAAUCCAGGGGUUUGGUUCAUGCAUUGUCACUUUGAGAUUCAUUUGUCUUGGGGUCUUUCAAUGGCUUUCAUAGUGAAGAAUGGUGAUGGACCACUAGAGAGUCUCCCUCACCCCCCUGCUGACCUGCCCAAGUGCUAGAAAUUCAUAACUUGAAGGCAAUUGAGAGAGAGAGUUUUUCUCAUUGUUUUGUGAAUUGCUGCAGCUUUCUGAUUC